CACGUUCCGGUCCUUCCGAAUGGGUUUCGUACAGCGGGCACUCUUCACCUGGUUCAUAUUGGUAGUUUUCCUUGCGGUCCUUUGCCUGCGGCUGGAGAAUCGCAUCUACUGGAACUGGUUUCUCGUGUUCAUUCCGCUGUGGCUGUACGACAUCAUACUGGUGACGUGGGCCGUGAUCGAAAUCGUUCAACGGCAGCACGCCAACCGGCUGGUGUCGCUGCACCACUACAAGUACUACGUGGUCGGUAUUUUGCUCAAAAUUUUGUCCCAGAUCGCCAUCUGCCUGAGGCUCGAAUACAAAUGGAUGCCGAUGCUGGCGAUGAUGAUACCCAUCUGGAUGCUGCUGGUCAUGCUGAUCGUGUUCGUCGGCACGCACCUGCAGCCGAAGCCGCGGUCGAUCGGAUCGAACCGCAGCAACCGGCAGUCGGUGGCCGUUUCUUCAUGAGGGUAUUUGAAACUUCGCGUUUGCGAAAUCGAGCCAAGCGCUAUCGAGUAAUGCCGGUAACUCGGAACUGUGGUCAACGAAAGCCGAGUCUGCACCUCGAAAAGGUGAAACGUUUCUUGAUGGCAACGAUUGAUGGAAACAUUACUAGGC